AUGGACGCGGACUCGCUGUCGCAGGGGUCGUCCCUGGGCGACGUCGGCAGGCUGCCGAGCGAGCGCGUGGACGGCGACGGUGGCGCCGCGCCGCGCGAGGAGGAUUCCGGGCCGUUCGGGGACGGGCGCGAGCCGGAGGGCCCGCUGCCGUGGGAGCAGGACGCGUCGGGCGCGGAGGGCGAGGAGCCCACCGCGGCGGGCGGGCGCGCGUCGGAGCUACGUCUGAUGGCGCUGCAGGCGCAGGUGGACGGGGAGGGCAUGCAGGCGGUGGCGUACCUCGAGGAGGCGCUUCAGAUCGCGCUGGGCGAGGCGGGGUCGGCGCCAGGAGAGGGCGAGGAGGUGGCCGUGGUGGAGGGGGAGGCGCUGGCGGUGUGCGAGGCGCUGGUGCUCGCGUACAACGCGGAGGGCAUGCGUUUGACGGAGCAGCGCGACUUCAAGGCCGCGGGGAAGCUCCUCAAGAAGGCGGACGUCCUCACGGCCUCGGACAGCGGUGACCACGCCACCGCAGACGGGGUCCUCGACGCGGUUCCGCGCCUGCGCGACCGUCUGCGGGCCAUCACCCUCAACAACCUGGGGUGCUUCUUCCGGUACCAGGGGCGGCUCACGGAGGCCCUGCAGCGCCUCCUCGCGGCGCUGGCCCUCGAAGAACCCCUCGCGGCCGCCGCGCGCGCCGAGGCGGACGCAGCGGGCCCGGACGCGCCGCGCGAGCUCGGGGCCCAGGAGCCGCUCUCUCCGUGCACAUCCCUCCUCAACAUCUGCGCGGUGUGCAGCAAGCUCGGGAUGCACGAGAAGGCUCUGCAGUACGCCAAGGCCGCGCAGGUCCAGGCCGAGGCCGAGCUGCUCGCCACGGGCGUCCCCUGUCGCCUUCCCUUUCCAGGCCAGGAGGAGAAGAUGGACGACUUCGUGAACGACCUGCAGAUGUGCUUCGGAGACGAGAUGCCCGCGGCGGUGUCGACGCUCGCGCUCGCGUACCACAACCAGGCGGUCGAGUUCGAGCACUGCAAGGUCGUCCAGAAGGCGCUGCGAGCGUACCAGAGGGCGCUGUUGUUGGCGCGGGUGUUCUGGGGGCCGGAUUCGGGGAUGACGCAGGAGAUUGCGCGGGCGGCGGACUCGUUUCACCUGAGCACGUUUCAGGGGCGGUUCCGCGUGAUGAGCGAGGCGCUGCUGCGGCCGGGGCGGCCGCGGCGCGCGGCGGUGGGGCGCGUGGCGACGGCGUCGCUGAGCGCGACGGGGAGCAUUCGGUCGACGAUGCUCGCGCAGGGCGCGGCGCUGCCGCUCGAGGGGUCGCAGCGGAUCGUGCCGCGCACCGUGGAGGGCGCGCGGACGGGGUCGGCAUCGGGGAUGGCAGCGGAGCUGCGCAACGCGCCGCAGGGCGGCGGCGGCGGCACGCUGCACUACGCCGGCCCGGACUUCGAGGACAUCGGCGCCCCGCUCUCCAGCCCCCGCGCCACCAGCGCGCGCCCCGCCGCGCGCACGCUGCGCCCCGGCAGCAACCGCCUCGAGCGGCGGCUGCGCAUGUAUGCGCCGCCGGCGUCCCGCGACGGCGCGCGGGGCCGUCCGUACAGCGCGAUGCCCGUGCACCGCGUGAGUUCGCGGUCGCGGCCGGACUCGGACCAGCCGUGGGUGGGCCCGGGGGGGAGUGAACAACGGGCGGUGUCAGCGGUGCAGCCGGGGCGGCGGGCGGCGCGGCCGGGGAGCGCGGUGCCGGGGGCGCGGAAUCGCGCGCGGCCGGGCAGUGCGGCGCCGGGGGCGCGAAGAAAGGGCGCGGGGGGGGACGGCGGGGCGGAGUCGGAGGCGUUGCCGGCAACGUGGGUCGUCGAGAAGGACGGAGUCCUCGGGGGGGGUAACGGGCGCGGCGCGGGCAAGCGGCCACCGUCCGCGUCGGCGUCGCGGAAACGAGGCGCGAGCGGGAACGGCGCGGGGUGCAUGACGCUGGGCGAUAGCUUGUUCAACUCGGGCCCAGGGCAGGACGCACUGGCGGUGCCGGAGGGGAGCGUUGGCGCGAUGUGA